AUGCCUAAAAGAGCAGGCUUUGGUGAUGUGGAACUAAGGAUCUUGGUUAUCGGGAGCAGUGGUCCAUCUCAGUUCCUUCUCACCAACUUUAUUCUGGGAAGGGAGGUGUUCUCAGAGGAAGUCUACAGCAUUGCGAGCAGCCAGAAGAAUGUGGGAGAGUUAGUAGGAAGACGAGUCGCAGUGGUCAACGGACCCAAUCUGUACGACAAAGACCUGUCCAAGUCCAAAAUGAGGAAAGAGCUGAGAAGGUCGAUGUGCUUGUCGACUCCCGGACCUCACGCCAUACUCAUCGCAUUCGACCUGGAGAAGAUCUCCCCCAACGAUAUGAAGACUCCCAAGCUGGUUAAGGAUAAAUUUGGAGAGAACAUCUUGAACUUCACAAUGAUCCUCUUGGUUUACGACGGGCGUCUGAAAGGCAGAGCGCUGAACGAUAAGGUCAUGAGAACCGACUGGCAUCUGAGGGAGCUCGUGGAGCAAUGCAACGGCCAGUAUCACGUCUUCAGUAAGAACUGGAGGAACCGCAACGGGAGCCGGGAGCUCCUACACAAGAUCGAGCGGAUACUGCAGACUAUGGGCGGGCACCAUUACAUUAACAGAUCUUACAAGAGGGCAGAGGAGAGCGUUAGAAACGAGGAGAGAAAGCUGCGCAAGAAGAGACAGUCUGAGACCGAGAGGACGUGCCGGGAACUGGAGGCGCAGUUUCGGGGGGAUGAGCUGCGCUGGCAGAUGGAUGCCUUCAAUGUGAGAGUCGGGACAGAAAUCAGGGCCGAGGCCGAGAUGCAGAAUAGUUGGCUCAGGACUUCACUGGCCGUGGGACUGGGACUGGGGUUUGUUGUCGGAGCCACUAUGGGAAUGAUCGUGGGCUCUGUGGAAGGACCGGCAGGAAUGGCAGUGGGAGGGGCUGUGGGCGGGGUCGUGGGCGGGGCUUCGGGUGCUGCUGCACAGCUGGCCAUUGAACACUUGGAUGACAGAGUGGGGUCCAAUCCAGCCAAUUUUAAUACGGUUUUUAUUAACCGCUUCUUUCGAGCACCUCCAGUCUAA